CACAGCCCUUGAGAGGAAAACUAACACUUUCUUUGUUUCAUCAGGCUGACUUCGAUCAGGCUGCAGAAGACGUAAAAAAAUUGAAAACAAGACCAACUGAUGAAGAACUGAAGGAACUGUAUGGAUUCUACAAACAGGCCACUGUUGGAGAUAUUAAUAUUGAAUGUCCAGGAAUGCUAGAUUUGAAAGGCAGAGCCAAAUGGGAGGCGUGGAACCUGAAAAAAGGUUUAUCAAAGGAGGAUGCCAUGAAUGCCUACAUCUCUAAAGCAAAAGCAAUGGUAGAAAAAUACGGGAUUUAGAAUACUCAAAAUAAUUCCCACUAAUAACUGACCCUUCAGUAGCUAUUGAACUAACUGUUGAGAAAAACGUAAUGCUAACUCCCUACCGUGCCGUCUGACAGUAAUAUCUUUUAAGCAUAAACUUAAAACUGUAAAGGGUGUGUACGUACAUACUCUAUUUUUAGACUGUAUCUUAUUCUAAAUAAAUUUGAACCUAAAAA